AUGGAUGGAUGGAUGAGCACCGCGAUGGUGGUGAGAGGCUGCGGUGCUCCGUCCAUCCCAGCGCUGAUCCCAAGUGGAUCAACCGGUGCGGAUGGAAUUGGGGCCAUGCUGCCAUCCCUCAUCCCGCAACCCGCAUCUCGCAUCCCGCACGCUCUCGGCACCCAACCAGCGCGGAUCGACGCGCCGCGUUCCGCACCUGGGAAUGCCCAUUCCAAAUCAGGAAAUGCCGCUCGCCGAUCCUCCGAUGCCGCCGCCGUGGCUGCCUCUGUCGAUCCGCGCUCUUGCGUCACAGCGCUCGAGCGCACGACCGUGUCCGAUCGCAUCGCCGAUUGCAACUACACCUCAUCGGGUCCCUCCACUUCAGGGUCCAGCGCGCAUGGGCAUGCAGCACGACUUUGCACCCGGAAAGAUUGCCGUUCCUCUCACGGCACCACCAUCGACCUCUUGCGAACCAUGGCAAUGAGCAGCGACGCAGGGCACGUGGAUCUCCUCGAAUGGUCCCAGGAACUCGACCACUUCCUCCUGCAGCUGCCCUUCCGACCCUUGCGCAUCGCACAAUCCGUGGUGCUCUACAAGCUCGCCUACUCGACAAGGCAUAGCCAGCUCGGCCUUCUCGUCCUCGACUGCGACACCUGCGCUGCGUACUACGAAGGCGUCUCUUUACGCACUCUCGAGCGUCGGUCCCAUCUCGGCUCUCCACCAUCGUCAUCAUCAGAUCCCAAUCCAAACGCUCGUCUAGCGGAUCUCGCUGCCGCCAUCCAUGACGCGCUCGACGCAACAUUGUCUGGUCUGCAGGCCACCAUCGAGCUGGAAUGCACUCGCUUCUCUUGCUCCGUUGCCAUACAAGCUGCUGCCGGUAGCGCCAGCAGCGCUCGGCAGCUCAAGACUUCUUUCGACCUUGAUCCCUUGAGCCAUGCUGCGCACGCCACUCUUCUCUCGACACAUCUAGUGCGACCUCUUCUCUCCUUAGCCGCAGCAAUCGCACAUGCGCCAAGCCAAGAUCAAGUCACAAGCAUCGCAUCCGAACACAAUCGCGCAAUCCAGCGCAUGAUCUCGGCUCGCUCUCUCAAACUCAUUCAAGCCACUGCUCUGGCGCAUGCGGGGAAACCAUCCCAACUCCUGCAACUCCAAGCUGAUGGCGACGAGGACGAUCUCGUACAAGACGUCGAUCGCCCAGCCGCUUCGUCCAAACGAAUCAAAAACGACCCCACGGCACACCACGGCCUCGACGGUCAUCACGACAUGCUCUUCUUCGGCCCGCCCGGGUUCAAACCGCCUCGCUCCCCUGACGGAGUCCAUGACCACGCCCGAGCCAGCAAGCACGAGCGAGACGCUCCCUUCUCUUCUGACGCUCAGUCGCACGAGGAUGACGGCGACGUCACGCUCAGCGCCACCGACAUCGUGAGACCCACGGCAGCGCAACGGCCGAGACGACAGCCAUCCUCAUCUCCUUCCAAUGCCGUCGUUGCCGCGGGGUCAAUCCCUCGGAUCAAGACCGAACGCCCAAUGGAGGCGAGCGACUCGGACACGAGCCAAGAGGAGGAGAGUCUGCCUGUCAAGCGCCCCCUCCUUGCACGCGCUUCUCCAGCCCCGCCGUCAUCCAGUGAUCAAGCUCAACUGGCUGCCCCCAUUACUUCCGAACGCGGCGACAUCGACGUCAACGCGCGCGAAACACGGACAGAAGAGGAUCAAGAAAUUCUUCCACCUGCGACCCCAUCGGCCUCUGCCUUUGCACCGACUCCAUCGCAAAGCGUUUCGCCGACCCGAAAUGCCGCUCGCGACGAACAGCUGCGUCGGCGCCAACAAAUCGCCAACAUCAAGCGGGGUAACGAAGACCCAGCCUCCGCUGCCUCGGACCCCGCUGCACAAUCCACCACCACGAGACUGGGCGCGAAACAGCCGCAAAGUUCUCGAAAACGAUCUCGCUUCUAG